AUGGUAAGUAAUUCAAAAGGAUUGAAAUCUUUACCAAGGUUAGUUACGCACAUUGCUGCAUCAACAAUAUUACUACAUGCAAGGGGGGCAUUGAAAGGUGGACUACACACAAGAGGAGCUAUGGGAGCAAGGCAAAGACAGUCGGGACCGCCACAACUGCUGCAAGUGACCUCAUCUGGAACACAACUACUGAAAUCGUUCACAGAACAUCCGCCAUCGGAAGAAACGACGGAAAGUAGCAAAAGCAAAACGAGCAUGGAAGCAUAA